GAGGAGAAAGAGAGAGAGAGAAGGAUCCGCUCGCCUCUUUCUCACACACCCGCUGUCUUCCUGCGCAACCCAACCAAGCCUUCACCCACCCAAAGAUCCCACCCCCUCUCCUGAUGACGGACGCGCCCAGCCACCAUUAGGAAAGGGGUAAAUGCCACGGAGUUCAUUGCAGAAAGCGCGCUCUGGGAAAUAAUUGCUAAUCAACCGAGCUGUGUGGGAGAAGCUUAGGAAAUCCAACUAUGUAUGGGCACUUGCUGUCAAUAAGACAAGGAGAAACUCAGCUCAAUUUGUUUUAACAAGAUAUACGCAUAAGGACUAAUUACAUGUCUGGCUUCCUGAAAGUGCAAUCAUAAAUGGGUGAUCAAGUCGUCUUUAUUGAAAGAAAAACAUAACGAAGUAAACUCGUCUUUCUAAUUGAGCCAUUCUGCUUUUCAAAUCCUACUAAAGCUUUUCAUUGCCACCCUAUUUAGUUGGAGAGGCGCUGCAUGCUGGGACCAAUAAGGCAAUCCGCGCUGCACGGCAUGCUGGGAACUGUAGUCUUUAAUACUGGAAUACCCGUUGCGAAACGAUGAGCGCGCGUCAGGACAGAGGACUCCUCUCCUCAUCUCCUUCCUCUAUAGAGUGACAGCUAUUUUGGCCAAUUGGUAGCUGCUUCUUUGCGCAGUUCAAUUCUAGGGUUCACUAGGAUUUACGCUCCCGCGAGAAUCAGACAGAGAGGCCUAAGAAGAGAAAAGAGUGAAACGAAACACUAAAGAAGUCACUCCAUUUUUUUAUUAGGUUUCCCAGAACUAAGCUCAACAUAAGGUCAGGAUGAAGGGCUUAUAUUGGCAGCCGAACUCAUCUGGAGAAGAAACAAGUUUUGUUUUCCUGGAAAAAGAUAACCUUCCUGUUGUGAGCGACAACUAUGUGAAAGUGCAAGUUAAAGCAUGUGCUCUUAGCCGGAUUGAUACAAAGGUUUUAUCAGAAAUCAAGCUGGAGAAGGAAUUUCUACCUGUUGGGAGGGAAAUUGCUGGUGUUGUGUUGGAGACUGGAAAUAAAGUGUCCUUCUUUCAGCCUCAUGAUGAGGUAGUAGGAAUUUUGCCUCUGGAUUCAGAAGAGUCUGGUUUGUGCGAAGUUGUUCUAGUUCAUGAGCAUUAUUUAGCUCAUAAACCAGAAAAGGUCUCCUGGCUUGAAGCAGCAGGAACCAUUCGUGAUGGUGUUCGUGCAUAUACAGCUCUACAUUAUCUUUCUUACAUCUCUCCAGGAAAAACUGUGCUGGUGAUGGAUGGAGCGAGUCCAUUUGGUACGAUAGCUAUUCAGCUAGCACAACACAGAGGAGCCAAAGUAAUUUCCACUAUAUAUAGUCUUGAAGACAAGCAGUAUCUUGAGAGGCUUACACCAUCUGUGGCUCGUAUUAUAGAUGAGUCAAAUGGAAGGUAUGACCUGACAGAAAGCUGUUUGGAGGAAACAGGCGGAUUGGGAGUGGAUAUUGUCCUUGAUGCAGGAGUGAGAUUAUACACUAAGGAAAAUGAAGCAACUUCACAAUCACUACUACCACACAAACAUGACAUCAUUACACUGCUCAGUGUUGGAGGCCAUUGGGUUACCAUGGAAGAAAAUCUUCAGUUGGAUCCUCCAGAUAGUCGGUCCCUGUUCCUUAAAGGUGCUACAGUCUCUUUCCUGAAUGAUGAGGUAUGGAAUUUGUCAAACAUGCAUCAAGGGAAAUAUCUAUGUAUUCUAGACGAUAUAAUGGAGAAGCUAUCAAAUGGUGUUUUCAGGCCUUGUUUGGACGAUCCAAUCCCAUUGUAUGAAGCUAAAGUUUCUAUGGAAAUGGUUCAGAAGAAUCCAGCAAAAAAAAGACAAGUUGUCCGGCUCUGAAGUACAGAUGCCUAGCUUCUAAGGCAGCAUGAAGUAUAAAUUUGUGAACUUUGCUUAAAUUGCAUAUUUAUAAAUUAUUGUUCAGUGAAUUUCAAUUAACAUUUGAAUUACUGUUUGGAGAUUCUUUAGACAUUUGGGGAGAGAAAUUAGAGCUUUUAUUUUCUUAUCACCAUGUCUAAAACAAUAUUUCUGUUAGCAACUGUAAUUUGAUUCCUUCAUAUUUGUGGUCCUUUUUUCCCAUUAGAAGUAACUCCUAUGCCUAGGAGACAAUA